AUGACAGCGAACGGAAAAAUAGAUAAAGGGAAUAAAAAUGACUCGGUCGCAACAUUGGACGAGGCUAUGUUACACACAGGCUUCGGUAUAUACAAUAUUGUUCACAUGCUACUGAGCGGUAUGAUCUUGAUGGGGGUCAUUGUCCAAAGUUUACUCAUGGGCUAUGUGAUGCCGGCUGCCCAGUGUGACUUGGGACUGUCGCUUCAACAACGAGGAUGGCUAGCUGCUAUACCGUUUCUAGCUAUAAUUCUAACGUCGUACAUGUGGGGUUGGCUGGCCGACACUCGCGGUCGUCGUUUCGUGAUGCUGCUCUCCAUGGUGCUAUCAGCAUUCUUCGGCAUCAUAUCCAGUUUCGCUCCCAACGUUCUAACCUUCGGAUUACUGUCUUUUCUAGCAUCAGUAUUCAUGUCCGGCCCAUCAGCUGUGGUUUACACUUAUCUUGGGGAGUUCACCAACCUUCGACACAGAGAUAAAAUGGUAGCAUUCGGAUCAUCAUUCGUUGGCAUCGGAACUGUUGUAUUACCUGCCGUAUCCUGGCUUAUUCUGCCACUGGAAUUCUCCUAUCCCAUUUCAUUCCUGGAUAUCUCGUAUCGUCCCUGGAGGCUGUUAGUCGUGGCGUGCUGUAUUCCAUUCAUGAUUGGUACCAUCUUCCUCAUCCUUGCACCAGAGAGCCCGAAAUUUCUCAGCGCAUCUGGAAAUUCAGAAGCAGCAUUGAAAGUUUUGAAGAGAAUAUAUUCUAUUAAUAACAGAAUGCCCGAAGACACGUUUCCAGUCAAGAGUCUGGUGUCGGAAGGUCCAAGCGGCAAGUCUUCAACUGGCCUGCACGGUGUACUAGUGUCUAUGAGAGACCAGACAAUGCCUCUUUUCCGAGCUCCAUUACUACCCUGGACGCUACUCGCCUGUUUCGUGCAAUUCGGAAUAUUUGCCAACACCAAUGGCUUCUACGUGUGGUUCCCAACAAUACUGAACUCUCUAUUGACACACGACGGUGACGAGUCAAGGAUCUGUGAUGUUCUUCAAUCAGGACACAAUUUUCCUAAAAAUAACACGGAAGUCGCCUGUGAUGAUACCAUCAAUGUGGCUACAUUCGAGAUGUCCAUCUACAUCGGCCUUGUAUUUAGCUCCAUGUAUAUCAUCGUGGGCUUUCUUGUGGACUUCGUGGGGAAGAAGAGUAUCUUGCUGGUGCUUCUACCUUCAACCGGCCUCUGUGGUAUCGGAGCUCACCUCGCGUCCAGCAAGAAAAUUGCAGUAGUACUGUUCGCAAUAUUCCAGAUGUGUGGAGCAUGUAUUGGCUUAAUGAACGCGGUAGCAGUGGAACUGUUUCCCACAAAAAAUAGAGCCAUGGCUAUUUGCUUAUCAAUGAUGAUGGGCCGAGUGGGAUCGAUGGUGGGAUCCAACCUCAUCGGAUUCUUCCUCUCAACCAACUGCGGACUAAGCUUUUAUCUUUUUGGAGGAGUUUUGAUAAUUUGUGCCUUAUGUUGCUUUGCUCUGCCGGGAAGGAGUGCUAGCGACUCCGCCAGAAUCUCUAAAGCAAAGAAAACUGAACAAGCUGCAGAAACAGCUUGA